AUGGAUACGAAUAACAGUAAUACGUCAAUUAGUAAAACAAGUUUAGCUGAUUCAUGUUCAGGCGAACGUUAUUGGUUUGCUUUUCUUUUGUCAAGUCUUGCAACAUUUCUUAUUGGUGUUAUUGCUAUUCUUCUUUGGCGUUGUGGUGCUUUAAUUUAUAAGCGCGGACCAACAAUGAGACAUCGAUCAUUACGAUUAGUAUCAAAUCCUGAUAAACAAGAAAUAUCAUAUUCAUUUGAUGCAAUUAAUGAACGUAAUUGGGCAACGAUAAUCAAAGAAUAUGCAGCUAAACUAAUAUCUGGUCAACAGCUGCCUGGAAAAAUUCUUGUUGUGACUGUGGUUAUCUUGAGUUUAGCUUCGUUAUUUAUUUAUUUUUAUGAUGUAAACACACAACCAAUUGAAUCAUGUCAAUUAUGGUCACAAAGCCCAACACAACAAAUCGAUUUAGUCUUUAAUAUAUUUUUUCUUUUCUAUUUUUUUCUUCGAUUUGUUGCUGCACAAGAUAAACUUCGAUUUUGGUGUUUGGAUAUUCAUUCAUGGGUCGAUUUUUUUACUAUUCCACCAUCAUUUACUGCUAUUGUUCUUGGAAGAAAUUGGAUUGGUAUGUAA